UGAUCACCGAAGGGCCUCUCCUUCGAAAUCAGGAUCACCAAGUCUCCUUCCCAUCUCAAUUCAUACUGGUUCUGAUCACCCUACAUUGAGACAAAGAAAUACACGUCAGGUUCUGCAGAUUUCGAGCGAUUUUCGAAUUCAAAUACAUUGGUCGUUGAUAUACCCCGAACAAAUUCUCCUCAAGACUCUUGACAUCUCUGGCCUUGCCAUGGCUCAGCUCUUCCAUGAUGAGCAACCACUUCCUCGGGACAGCGGUGAAUUGACUUCGCAGCCGGAAGACCGCAGAGAAUCCCCCAUGGGCUCCCCUAAACAAGCCAACAAGGACCAAAAUGGCCUUCCAGCGGCGUCCAACGGAAGUCCCGCAGCUCAAGACGGUACUGGGUCAACUGAUUCGUCGACAGAGAACGGCAUGGGCUUCAUUAAUAGAUUCGACCCUCAAAUGCUACCGACAUUGAGCUUUGCAGUGAGUGUCACUCGCGAACCUACGGCACCAGCUGCUCAGCCUCAACAGCCUACUACAGGCAGCAAUGGAGAAUCUAAGCAACCACCUCCUCAGGACGGCGCUGGAUCGACUUCGCAGUCUGGAAAUAUGGAUUUUAUGCAACCUCUGGAUCGAGAUUCGCUGGAGCGUCUGGGUUUUCUGAGACCAGAUAGCAAAUAAGACUCUGGAUCCUAUCUGGCAUCCUUGGUAUAUUCCCAGGGCAGAUAAAAUGGAGAUAUGUUGUACAGAACUUUCAAUCUUUACAAUCAUCUAUUUCAAAUGGAAGAAGGAAACAUGGAGUGUGGAGGGUAAUCCAAUGUGGUCCAAGGAGUAUUGGAGGAUCCGCCAGUGCGCCAUCGGCUCUCGUUUACCUCUGUUAGUUGGACUUGUCCUUUCUGUGGUAAUCCUGCACGUAGCUAGAUACUCCCUCAUCGGUCCGGGUUACCUUGUGAGACGUGGACCAUUUCGGAUGUCCGGUAAUGCUGAUGGUAAUGAGCACGCUGAAAUAAGACAGGGUGUUGUAACUGCCGGAGGACAUUUAAAUAUGUUCUUACUACGGCUUUUAGUUAGCACGUAUCUAGGG